AUGAGCGAGCAAAUAAAAUUUAUUGUUGAUCAGUUAAAUGGACCGCCAUUUAAUAAAAAUUUUAACUUAAUAAGUUUUGACUCUCUGCAACCAAUUAAUUUACUUCAAAUUUUAAAUGAUGUUAUUACACAAAUUAACCUUCAGGAAGCUUCAGAUUUGCGUGAGGAAGAUCCUGAACAACGUGUGCUACGUAUGCUCAAUUUUUUAAGAAUAAUGAAAUACAAACCUAAAACAGAGAAUGUGAGUACUUUUCGACAAGGUUUAGUCCAAGGAGAUAAGUCAGUUGUUUAUCCUAUCAUACAGUGGUUGCUUGAAAACUUAAAAGACUUAAAAAAAAGAGCUUACUUAGCUCGCUAUCUUGUCAAAGUAGAUAUUCCACAAGAUAUGUUUAUAGAUAAUGAAGUUACAGAGACUCAUAGUAUGUAUUUAGAAUUGAUCGAACAGUUUAAAGAACUGCAUAAAGAAAGUGAGCAAAUUAAAGAAACUGGAGUCUCUGCGGCUGAAGUUAAAAAGGAUAUUUUAGCAAUGGAAGAAGAGCAGGACCAGUUAAGAAAACGAAUAACUAGAGUGAAAAAAAGGGUUGAUGCUGUAGCUAAUAAGGAUAAGUUAAUGCUUGCAGCAAAACAACUAAGGCAAGAGCGUGAAAAAGAGGCUAACCUUAUAGAGCAAAAACAGACACAAAAAAGUCAGAUGGUACAUACUGAACAAAAGUUAAAUAGACUACAAGUCCAAUUAAAAGAUUUGAGAUCAUCAGCUAUUGGAAUUACACCAGAAGGAUUAAUAAAAAGACUGGAAGAAGAAAAUCAAGUAAAUUCGUUUUUAACUAAAGAAAAAUUUCCUAAGGAGAUAAAUGCUAAGAAGAAUUACUUGUCAACUUUACGAAAAGUUGCUGAUGAACCAGCAAUGGGUCAAAAUGAAAUUGAUGCACUUAAUAAAAAGAUUAAGAUAUUAUCAACUGAAACAAAUUCACUAGUCGAAAAAAGAAUGGCUAGGAGCGAUCCUACCGAUGACAAGAUAUCUGUAUUUAGACAACAGGCUGCUGUUAUAGCCAACAAGAAGAACUCAGCUGCAGAAAGUUUGCAGGAAGCUAUGGAUGAGUAUAGUUCAGUUGAAUCUGAUUUUAAAGAAAAAAGAGAAAAACUUAAAGAUACAGAUGGUGUUGAAAUUCUCAAAGGAGAAGAAUUUAAACGCUAUGUAAACAAGUUGAGAGGGAAAAGCACUUUAUACAAGAAGAAAAGAUUAGAACUGUCUGAAAUUCAAGCUGAAAUAGGUGUGUUAAGCCGUACAAAAGAAAUAUUACAGUCAAAAGAUAAACAAACUCAAGCCUUUUUAUCAAAUCUUGAAGCAAAACAUGGUGUAUCUGGUUUUCACAAUACUAAAGAAGAACUUGAAAAAGUGUCUACUAUUAAGAGUGAAUUGGAUGAACAGAAAGGGAAAACACUGGAAGAUAUAUCCAAAAUGGUAGUGCAACUCACAAAUACAAUUGCUCAAAAAAAGAACUCUCUUGCGCCAAUCAUUGUGGAGUUACGACCUUUAAGACAACAAUGUCAAGAGAUGACAAUAGAGUAUGAUGAACGCAAAUCUGUAUAUGAAACAACUGCAGCAGGCUUAGAAAGUAAUAUUUCAAAGUUGGAUCAGGAAGUACGGGGAUCUCAUGAAGAUGUUUUAAAUCUAGAAAGAAAGUUUCACCAGCUCAAUGCUAUGAUAGAGAUAACUGAUUUGCAAAUGAAUCGUAUAGAAGAAGAAAUGAAACUGUAUGUUUUAAAUAACUCAACAAAAAAAUCUUACAGAGAUCAGUAUACUCAGAAAAUACAUGAACAAGAAGUGCUUGGAAAGUCACUUAAAGAGCAACAAAAGUAUGUUCGUGAAAGUCAUGGUCCAAAUCUACUACAGAUGAAAAUGUGGAGUGAUUUAUUGUUGCUUAUGAAAGCCAAAAAAACUGUAUCGGACCAAAACGUUUUUCGAGACAAAAGUCCGACACAUUAUGAACAAGAUCAUUUGGUGUUAUAAUACAGAUCAUUGGUAUUUGUGAGGCGGUUUGUGGUUAUAAUGCAAUUGAUGCUGUAUUUUUAAGAUUUUAACUUUUAAAUCUGAUCUUACCUAAUCUUAUGAAAUCUGCUUGACCUUUUAAAACCUUUUGUAAAUAUUUUGUAGAUUUUUUUUGUUAAUGUAAGUAAUUUAUUGUGCGUUGCAUGAUAAUUUAUUAAAAAGUUUUAUUAAAAUUAUAAUAAUAUAUUAAA